AUGCAAAAAGAAAAUAAUAACAACAAUAAUCAGGAAGUAGUCACUACCAAGGAUAUGGAUUAUGAAAACGAGCAGUAUUCGUGGAUACCGUUUUUAGAUGAAGACGAUCCUCUUCCAGGUCAAUGUUGUCCAUAUGCAACAACAUCACCUGUUACCAUUGAAAGAUCUCUCAUCAUGAUAAACUGUGAUAAGGACGAUAUAUUAUUGGAUGUUGGAUGUGGUGAUGGACGUAUUGCCAUCUAUGCAGCCAAACACUAUGGAAUAAAGUCAAUAGGUAUCGAUGUAAAUCCAGAUCUUAUCGAAAAAGCCAAUUCCGAUGCCAAAGAAGCAGAUGUUUCACAUUUAGUUUUAUUCAAAGUUCAAAGUUUUGCAGAGGAAUCAUUUGAUUUCAAAUUAUCAACGAUCGACAAAGAGUUUGCCAAAGAUUGUAAACAUAUUUAUCCAACUAUUAUUACAUGUUAUCUAAUUCCUAAAGCAUUGAAAAUAAUUGAACCACGCAUAAAAGAUCUUGUUAGACACAAUUGUUUGGAAUCAACAACAUCACAGUCAGAGAUACUGACAAACACACGUCCAAUUACAGCACACAAAGAUAUCAGAGUAGCACUUUUCGUUUUCGAAAUGGAGAGAUGGAAGACAGUCGAUAAAGAUGAUAAAUUCAAGAUAUUUACCUAUUCUAAAGUAUCGAUCGAUGUCAUUCCAACUUUUGUCAAUACUGAAAAUCCAUAUAUAAUGUAA